AUGCCGAGUCUGAGAUGCUCCGAUUCAGGAGGUCCCGCUUUCUCAGCGGUCACCAUUUCUACGGUGACCAUCCUCGGUUGCAUCGUUUUCAUCCCGUUGGCCUAUCAGAAUGUGCAGAAACUGCACAGCAACCUCCUCAACGAUGCCCAUUUCUGCAAGAGUCGAAACAGGGACCUGUGGGGAGAAGUGGUCACCGUGUCGUUGGGUAAAGGCCACCACGAGACCCUUCAAAGACUGAAGAGACAAACCGUCGAACAGCCAAGUGGUCGAUGGCUUUUCGGCCAUUUCAUUUCUACUAGUGGAAAGUACGUUGAUUCAGCCGGUGGACAAGAGCUCGGAGGUGCGGAAUGCUGUGGAUGUCAAACUGGACCACCAGGACCCCCAGGAGAUGCUGGAGAUAAUGGAGAGGAUGGCAGGGAUGGGCAGCCCGGAACUAAUGGCCAACCAGGACAAGAUGCAUCUGAUUCCUACUCUGAGGGACAGGCAGCGCCUUGCGUCCGCGAGUGUCCUCCUGGACCUGCCGGAGUCCCUGGUGCACCAGGUGAAAAAGGACCUCGAGGUUACCCAGGUGAAACUGGAGAACCUGGCACCCCUGGAAAACCAGGCGAGAAGGGACCUGCUGGAAAACCUGGACCCGCGGGACCACCUGGAUAUCCUGGAAGACCUGGAGAAAAGGGUGAGAAUGGAAAGACCAUCCCUGGAGAGGCUCCCGCUGGUCCUCCUGGUAGACCUGGAGAAAUGGGACCAUCUGGCCCACCUGGCCCUCCAGGAGCGAAGGGACAACCUGGAGAGCCUGGACCACCAGGUCCUCAGGGAGAUCAAGGAAAUCCAGGAUCGUACGGUAAGCCAGGAGCUGCAGGACCUCCAGGACCAGAUGGUAGCGCCGGAGAUCGUGGAAGCUGCGAACAUUGUCCACCACCAAGGACUCCUCCCGGCUACUAA